AUGGGAUUCCAUUUUGUUGGGAACCCAAAUAACCUGGAGAGAAAUGGCAUCCAUCAGAGAGACACUCCGCGUCCUUGGCUCCCACCAUGUAGAUGGCAGCCACAGUCAAAGGCAAGCACAAAUAAUGCUGUUGGCAUUCAUGAAGGCGCUGAUGGUUGCGAUGUUGAUGUCGAUGAUGCUGAACACAAGGAUGAUUUGUUUUCAGAUGCUGUGGAUGUGCUAUCAUUGACAGAAGCAAUAGACAUUGUCCAGAAAACUGAAAGUCAUCACGGAUUAGACAAGACAAAUUUGGAGAGUGUGGAGUCUAGAGGUAGGAAGUCAUCGAAUUUCAUGAUCGAGCGAUUUCUUCCUAAUGCAUUGGCUGUAACUGUUGCAAUUGCUGCACUGAAAUACAGAGAAAAACUGAAAAGAAAGUGUUUCUUCUGA